ACAUGAUAAACAACAUGGCCGCUCACUGGGUGUAAUAUUUGUAGCUGUAGCUUGUUGUUAGCGUUCAAACUCUCCGUGUCGUUGUUUACUAAUGUGGAACAGGUGCAGGCAGCGGUGUGAUCGUUAGUUUCUGACCUCAGACAGGUUUCAUUUGACUGAGAACUCACCUGGUGAUAAGUACAGUCAGACCUCCCUGUCAGGUUCCCCUGGAUCAGAACCAUGGCCUCGUCGUUUGUGGUCGGGGAUCAGUUCAGGGACAAGGUGACAGAGUUAUUAGAGAACACAGACUCAGCUCUGCCGCAUCCUCUGAGAGAAGAGCUGCAGGAGAUCCUGGGGAAAACAGAGGCGGCGACCCUGUCCUUCAGCACAGCAAGAAAACUCAAGAGAUUCCUCCAGGACCAAGGGCAUCCAUUCUACCUGCAUGAGUUGUUGGAAGACAGUUCGCUGCACCUGCCUGAGUUUGUGAAGCCUCCCAGAAACCCUGAGCUGGUCGCACGUCUGGAGAAGAUCAAAACCAAACUGGCCAAUGAGGAAUACAGUAGGAUCACACGUAAUGUCAACACUCAGGAAACUAACAGAAAUGCAACAUUAGCAGAUUUUGGACGGGAAGUGCGAUCAGCCAAAGCUGUGGUGGUAACCGUAUUCAACUUCCUGGUCACAGUGGUUGCCACCUUUGCCUGUUCAUAUAUGGGCAGUCAGUACCUGUUCACUGAGACAACAGCGAGAGUGAUAUCAGCUGUCAUCGCUGCAUCAGUCGUCGGUCUGGCUGAGCUUUACGUCCUGGUCCGGACCAUGGAGGGAGAUCUAGGAGAACCAUAGCAGCGCUGCACAACGAAUGAGGGAAACAGUGAUCUUUGUAAGCAAAACCCGGCCAGGUCAGAAUAUCUGGAUUCGAGGGAAGGAAAGGGAAAUUUGGCCGGAUGAGGUUACUGAAAAUUUAAGAAUGAAUGCCACUAGUAGCACUACAGGGAGGCUGGAAAAUUACAUGAAAGCAAAUUGAUUGAAAAAUAACUAAAUAUCUGUUAAUGAAAUAAAUCUGCUUCAUCUGACAUUCCAAUGGUUCACGCUUUUAAAAUCAAAUCUGAAUAUGAGUCAUAUUUUCUAUUUAUUUACAGGUAUUUUAUAUUUUUUCCUGAAACUACAAACUUUAGUUUUUCGUCUCCCUCGUUCUCCUUGGCACUGCGUUGUAAAAAUGGAGUGCCGCUAAUGUUUCUGUGAGUUCUUGUGUUCUGUUCUCAGAUGUAAUUAUAUUGUCGUGUUCAAUAAAAUCAUCAGUGGUGACUGAAGCUGAUCCAUUAAAUUGUAAA